AUGAAGUCCCCUGCCCUGGCCCUUACGGCUGUCCUCGUGGUCGAGGCGAUUGCGGCAGCAUCCUUUGACUUCGAGAAUCGCCAACUGCGAGCAAGCGAUCUGCAGCAUCUGGACGAGCGCGAGGCGGCGAUCUUUCGCUCGGAUCAGAAUGCGACCGUGAGGUCAAGCUGCAAGGUUUUCCCGGGCGAUCGCAGUUGGCCACGGCCGCGGACUUGGGAUCUGUUGGACAAACUGACGGAUGGAGGCCUCAUUGCGUCUGUCCCGCGGGCCUCGUCCUGCUACAGCGGGCCAAGAUACGAUGCAGACGACUGCAAAUUGUUGACGGAUCAAUGGACCGAUUCAUACUUCCACAACAAUGACCCCAUUGAGAUGCUCUCGCCCGUCUAUCAGGGGCUGACCUGCCAGCCGACCACGAACCCGAAGGACAACUGCACGCUGGGUGGGUAUCCAGCCUACGCGGUGAAUGUAUCCAGCGUGGCUGAUGUGCAGCUUGCCAUCAACUUUGCGCGCCACACUGGCGUCCGCCUGGUCGUCAAGAAUACCGGCCAUGACUUUUCGGGCAAGUCCGGCGGUGCUGGCGCGCUGAGCAUCUGGACGCACAAUCUCAAGGGUAUCGAACACAUCCCCGAAUACAGCGCGCCAGGGACCAAUUGGACGGGGGCAGCCUUUCGUGUAGGCGCCGGUGUGCAGGCCUACGAGCUGUACAAGGCUGCGGAUGAUUACAAGCUGAUGGCUGUGGGCGGGGAAGGACGAAGCGGUUAUGUUCUCGGAGGAGGACACUCCCCACUUAGCUCUCUCCACGGGCUCGCGGCAGACCAGGUAUUGUCCAUGCAGGUUGUCCUACCUGAUGGACAGUUCGUAACGGCCUCCUUCACCGAAAAUAUCGAACUAUUCUGGGCUCUCCGCGGUGGUGGUGGCAGUACCUUCGGCAUCGUCACUUCCGUCACCGUCAAGGCCUUUCCGACCAUCCCAGCAACUUCGUCGACCUUCACCUGGUCCACGGGGGCCAAUCUGACGCACGAAAACUUCUGGGCGGGAUUCCGUGCCUAUCUGGACCUGUUUAUUCAACAUUCCGACGCCGGGAUUUACUCCUACUUCUUCAUUCUUCCCUCCGACGGCGAGUUCACCUUCCUGAUGCAGCCAUUCUUUGCACCCAACAAGACCGUGGCCGAGACCAACGCCCUCCUCUCGCCUUGGUUCAAACGUCUGCACGAGCUAGGCAUCCAGUUUACCCCCAAGACGCAGUAUUUCAACACGUUCUACGAGGCCUGGAACGCUUCCUUCCCGCUGGAGGUUGUCGAAAAGACCCAUGUGGCCACCGGAUCUCGGCUGUUCCCCCGUGCGAACUGGGAGGAUGAAUCCAAGCUGAAUGCGACAUUCUCCGCCAUUCGUGCUUCCUCCGAGGCCGGUCUCACCUACAUUUCUUUUAACAUGGCCCCGACCCUCGCCCGCGGCGGUAACCCGGACAACGCCGUCAACCCUGCCUGGCGCAAGGCCGUCAUGCACGCCCUGUCCAGCGUCAACUGGAGUGACGACUCUCCGGUGUCAGAGAUCAAGGAGGCACGUCACAACUUCACAUAUGGACACAUGCAGCGGUGGCGCGACGUGAGUCCUGGGGCGGGGUCCUACCUGGGCGAGAGCGACCGGAUGGAGCCAGAUUUCCAACAGUCAUUCUACGGCGAUCAUUACGAUCGCCUGCUCCGAUUGAAGCGAAAACUGGACCCCUACGAUGUCUUCUGGGCUGCUACGGCCGUGGGAAGUGACCGAUGGACGGUCAAGACGGAGGAUGGCUUACCGACGGAGAAUGGGAAAUUGUGCCGCAUCUCGCCAUCGGAUAUUUGA